AUGUUUCGCACCAGAGUCAGUGAUUCCAAAGAAAUGAACAUCGACAGGAUUAUCGCUGAAAAAGGAUUUGUAUACGAAAAGGAAUUGCAUCUGACAGUUAUGAAAACCUCUCUAUUAUUCACCGGCGAUGGCUUCGCCGUCUACGAUUCCAAUGGUCAAGUCGUGUUCCGUGUCGACUCAUACGGUCCAGACAAUCGUGACGCAUAUGAACUCGUUCUCAUGGAUUCCUCCGGCCGUUGCCUCCUCACCAUUCGCCGGAAGAGACCAAGUCUACAUCAACGGUGGGAGGGUUUUUUGGGUGAGAGGAUGGAAGGUGAUAAGCCGAUAUUAGCGUGA